AUGGUUGACUGGGCCAUCCGUCCAAGGAACUGCAUUCGCGCAUUCCUACCAUACAUAUUUCUUUUCAAUGAAGCCAUCACUGAGGUGUCCGGCUACAAGGUCACCUCAUACGGAGGAUCAGUUCCUCCCAAAGGCAAUCAGUCUUUCAAACCAGGAGGUGCGGUUCCUCUCAGCGCCCUGCAGCUCGGGACCGCCGAGAUAGAGGCAGGCGCAAUCAUCGAUGCCGUUGAUGCCUGCUUGAGUCAGCGGUUUGUGGCUGCGGAAACGGACGACUGGAAGAUGGUACGUCUCAACAAGGUGCGGCGGGCAGAGAUUGUCAUCAGGCUUGUGCGUGCAAACAUCAGCCUGACAGAGUUCGGGCAGCAGUGGUCUGACGAUGAAGCGGUCAUCGAGGCAACGAAGAUGGCUGGUAGACAGGCCGCAGAGGAGAUCGCCCACAAAGAGUUUGAAGAGACCAUCGACCAGACGCUCUCGGGUUCUACUCUAACCCAGGCUGCAGCACAG